UGCAUAAGCACCUUUGCCUAAUAAACCCUCUAUAAGUACCAUGCAUGUUCGAUUCUUCUAAAAAGCAACUUCUCACAACUCACACAUCCACUACUCAUCAACACACAAAAGUCUUAGCUACCUAGCUAGUAGCAAUUUGUGCCUCAAAUUGAAACUAGCUUUAGAUAUGGCUAAUUCUCUUAAUAGCCACUUUUUUGUAGUAGUAUUUAUUCUUUCUCUCUUGGCCUUUUCUAGCAAUGCACAACUAUCUCCCACCUUCUAUGCCAAAACUUGCCCCAAUGUUCAAACCAUAGUGAGCAGUGCAAUGAGGCAAGCUGUUGCUAAAGAAGCCAGGAUUGGUGCCUCUAUUCUUCGUUUGUUCUUUCAUGAUUGCUUUGUAAAUGGUUGUGAUGGAUCAAUCUUAUUGGACGACACUGCCACAUUCACUGGCGAGAAAAAUGCAGGACCAAACAGAAAUUCAGCGAGGGGCUUCGAAGUUAUUGAUACCAUUAAAACCAACGUUGAAGCUUCUUGCAAUGCCACCGUGUCGUGUGCUGAUAUUCUAGCACUUGCCACAAGAGACGGAAUUGUGCUGCUAGGAGGACCCUCAUGGACAGUUCCUCUAGGAAGAAGAGAUGCAAGAACAGCAAGCCAGAGUGCAGCCAACAACCAAAUCCCAGGACCCUCCUCUGACCUCUCAACCCUAAUCUCUAUGUUUGCAUCCAAAGGCCUAACAUCAAGUGACCUAACCGUUCUUUCAGGUGCCCACACAAUAGGCCAAGCACAGUGCCAGUUCUUUAGAACUCGCAUAUACAACGAAACCAACAUCGACACCAACUUCGCCGCCACCAGAAAAACAACUUGCCCCGCCACCGGAGGGAACACCAACCUGGCCCCUCUGGAAACCCUAACCCCGACACGAUUCGACAACAAUUACUACGCCGACCUCGUCAACCGCCGUGGCCUUCUCCACUCCGAUCAGGUGCUUUUCAAUGGUGGGUCUCAGGAUUCCCUUGUGCGGAGCUACAGUGGCAACAGUGCUGCAUUUUCUAAGGACUUUGCUGCUGCCAUGGUGAAGUUGGGCAAUAUUAGUCCCCUCACUGGGUCCAGUGGGGAGAUCAGAAGGAAUUGCAGGGUUGUGAAUUAAUAUCAUGAUUCACUACAUAUAAUAAUAAUUGUAAUAAUGAUUCAUGCAUUGGCAUUUAAUUCAUGUUUUUGUGUUGGCUUUUUUAUGGAGUUGGUCAUGGCAAUAACAAGAGGACCCCGUCAGCUUUUGGUAUAUAUAUAUAUAGUAUAUUAUAUA